AUGGCAACGGAUAUUGCAUCAAAAUUAGGAUCUUUCACAGCAUCUCAGUCAUUUGAAAAUAGAGACGUUGUUUAUGGAUUAGUUCACUUCAAAUCGCAUUCAAAAGCGGGUUUAUUCUUUCAUGCAAUGCAUGAUAAAAUAUUUACUGGGCUAUUAAUUAAUAUAUUUAAGUUUAGUGACGCAAAAAAAUUCAGAAGUAACGAGUUUGUCCAGUAUAGCACUGAAGGUCAAGAAAGAGACGUUAAUCAGGUAUUUACUAUUACUCGGGUUGAUACUUCUCAGCUGGCAGCUGUCACAGAUGACAACGAAAAUAACUUAAUUAUGAAAUCGAAUUGGACGCCCACAACAGACUUUUACGUGACAAAGAAUAGUUUUAUCAUAAAUAUGGAGUUACCGGCGGUUCAAUACAAAAUUAAAGAGGUCAUGAUUAGAGAGGAAACUGGCGUUGUUAAAGCGUCCGAAGCGUUAUUGACUUGCCCAAACGGUAUUGAAAUAUUACUUAUAGACGUCGG